ACGCGCACCCUGUGAUGCCCUUUUGUGGGAAAGUCCUAAGAGCGCACAGACACACUCACAUCAGUACAGAGGGGACACAAAGAGGGAAACCGCGUGUAAAUGGCCGGUUAUACGAACGGGAUAAGGAGAACGUGAUUUGAGGGUGUUAGGAAAGCCGUUUUGCUUUUCGCGUAGUAGAGAGCGUUCAUUUACUGGAUCCAGUCGCUAUUGUUGUGAAGAAAGGUAGACGUGCGGACGCUCUGAGGAGUUUCACAAAAGAGCGUUUUACUCCUCUGUCUUGCGUUUUUUUGUUGUUGUUGUCUUUAGUUGUAUUUGUUGUUAUGCGCAUGACUUCUCCUGAACUGUUGUUUCUGGACACAUGGAGCUGGUCUGUGACGUGAAAACUGAUUUUCUUGGAUACGCCGCGGAUCGGAUUUGGAUGCGUUUUGAAGUCUGGAUCGUGUAACUCAUACAUACCCGUCCUUUGCUUCUUCCAAAAAUGUUUCUCAACUCUCAAGACAGAUUAACGGCUUGAAGAGAAGUGGGAGUCUGAACUUUAAACCGGGAGCCGAUAUCCCUCUUGAAUGAUGCCCAUAGACAGACUCGCAGACAUGGAGGAAAAACUUCGUAUUUUGGAGGAUCUCAAUAUGAUAUACAUUCGUCAGAUUGCCCUGAGUCUAAAGGACAGUGACAUCCAGAAGAAGAUCGACUAUGAGAUCCGGAUGCGUGAGGGCGCAUGUAAGCUGCUGGCCGCAUGUUCUCAGAGGGACCAAGCGCUGGAGGCCUCCAAGAGUCUCCUCACCUGCAACGCCCGCAUCAUGGCCUACAUGUCAGAGUUGCAGCGCAUGAAGGAGGCGCAAGUCAUGCAACGGGUCGCACGCAGGUCUUCUGAUGCAGGUCCGAUGGAUGACCGUUCCCCAUGUAAAGGCAAAGUAGCCAUUUCAGAUCUACGGAUACCUCUAAUGUGGAAAGACACGGAGUAUUUUAAGAAUAAAGGAGAGCUGCAUCGGUGCGCUGUGUUCUGUCUGCUUCAGCUGGGUGGAGAGAUCUUUGACACGGACAUGGUGAUGGUGGACAGGACGCUGACAGACAUCUGCUUUGACAACACAAUUGUCUUUAAUGAGGCCGGUCCAGGGUUCGAGCUGCGGCUGGAGCUGUAUAGCUGUUGUUCAGAGGAGGACUACUCAGCAGGCAGCACACCGCGGAAGCUGGCCAGCAAGCUGAGCUCAUCUCUGGGAAGGUCAGCAGGAAAGAAAAUGAGGGCGGCCUUGGAGCCCGGGGCCUGCAGCCCCACUAGCAAUGGAGGAGGAGCGACAAUCCUGCUGCCUGUGCCCUCUGUACCGGGCCCUAAAUAUCAUCUUUUGGCUUAUGCAACCCUCAACCUCUCUCACGUCCAGGACAGCUUCCGCACACAUGACCUCACCAUCACAGGAAAUGAGGAGUGUUCGUUCUGGCUGCCUCUGUACGGCGGUGUGUGUUCCCGACUGGCGGCUCAACCUCACUGUAUGACACAACAGAUGAUGAGUGGCUGUCUGAGGGUAAAGCUUGGAGGUGAGCCACAAGGAUGGACAAAUGUCUAUGGCGUUUUAAAAGGAACAAAUCUCUUCUGUUAUCAUCAAAAAGAGGACAUGGAGGCCAACGUGGAGCCUGUUUUAACUAUCGGGAUUAACAAAGAGACAAGAAUACGGGCCGCAGAGAAGGAUCCUCACAGCAAGGCACAGAAUAUCUGUAUCACUAACCAGUAUGGAGGAGAGGAAGUGACGCACACGCUCGCUGCAGACAGCAGAGAAGACACCCAGCGCUGGAUGGAGGCCUUCUGGCAGCAGUUCUAUGAUAUGAGCCAGUGGAGGCAGUGCUGCGAUGACCUGAUGAAGAUCGAGCUGCCCUCCCCUCGCAAACCUGCCAUAGUCACACCGAAGCAGGGCUCCCUGUACCAUGAGAUGGUUAUUGACACGUCUGAUGACAUCGGAGCAGUCACCGACAUCCUGGCCCGUCGUAUUGAAGAGUUUGAGCUGAGGGCCCAGCUCGGAUCUCCGCCUCACUGGAUGGCCAUGUUUGACGAAGAUCCCCCGAGAUCCCCUCACAACCAUCAGCGCCUGCCGCCCCACUCGCCCAGUCCUCGCCUGCACAGCCGCCAGCCCCGCAGCCCACGCUGCCACCGCACACCCGGCCUCCUCUCCUCCAACGCCAGCCUGACCUCAGACAGCGACAGUCCCACCAGCGUCAGCCCCUGUUUCCGGCAAGCAUGGUCCCCCGACGCCUCUUCCUCCUCCGGGCGCUUCCGGCCCCGUACCCUCUCACUGGACGCCAAGCUCUCCACUCUACGCGGCCGGGGCUACGGUGGCUUCCGGUGCAACUGCCAGCCGCCCACCUCCAGCUCCGCCUCUCCUCGCCCUGCUCAGACUGCCCUGUCCUGCUCCAGUUCCACUUCCAGCAGCAGCUCCAGCGAGGGAAGCAACAGUCAAGAGUCAGACCUGGGCUUCUCUCGACCGUCCGGCGCUCGCCGCAGCUUGAGGAACCUAAGAGCUAAGCUUGACCCCAGGAACUGGCUGCAGAGUCAGGUGUAGAGGUCAGACUUCCAGACUUCCAACUUUCUGUGUCUCCCUGGAAAAAACUGGAACACCCGAGGUCAUGUCUGUCAUUGUGUUCUCUUUACAUAAUAAGAACUGAAGUUCUUCUGCCUUUUAAAGGAGCCUCAACAAUGGGAAUUCAGUACUAUUAGUUAUAUAAUACACUACUAAUAUAUAGCAUUACACAUUGUCUCUUCAUGAAAAGCUGAUUGUUUUAGAUCUUCGGAGAGUGUUUUAUGCGAGGCAGACUCCUGGUACGGUGGUUGAAGCAGUUCUUCUGGUGUUGUAAGUACUUUUUGGCCAGUCGUUGUGUCUGUGUGCGCUGUUUCAGAUAUAUGCUUUAGAAAGUGCAGUCAGGAUCAGAUCAGUUUUCAUCAUCACUCACAUUGAGGCUGGCAAAAACACUGUCGUUUAAACGUUCGGUGUCCGUUAGAUUAAAGAUCAAAGUCUUUUAUGCUCAUCAAGGCUGCAUUAAAUUGAUCACAAUUGCAGUGAUGUUGUGAAAUAUUAUUAGCGUUUAAAAUAACUAUUUCAAAAAAAUACAAUAUUUUAAAAUCGAAUGUAUUCCUGAGAUGGCAAAGCUAAAUUUUCAGGAUUAUGACGUAAUCAUCCUGAUAUGCCGAUUUGGUGCUUAAGAAAUAUUAGUUAUUUUUAUCAGUGUUCAUUUUUACCAUUUGUGCAGAUUUUUAUGUAUUUAGGUUUUUUUUAUGAUUCUUUUUGUCUUUACUGGCAUUUUUUCCAUCUAUUUAAUGCACCCUUGCUUAGUAGUAAAGUAUUGAUAUCUUAAAAUCGUGUUGAUCCCAAACAUUUGGACGCUAGUGUAUUUCACGAUCCGUGAUCUUGGAAACAUAGUAUUAAUAACCUAACGUGUAAAAGUUAGCUUAACUUGACAGAUGUAACACAAGCCUGCAAAAAGAAGGUCUUAUAAUAUCAGUUUAAUAAUAUCAGCAUUUUUGUCACUGCUCACUCCUCACCGUUGCGGAUGUGUACUUGUAUGGGUUUUUAGACUUCUAUCUUUUGCUUUGGAUCCGGUCACUCAAAAGCAGCAUUUUUCAUUAACGGACAUUUGUGGUUGUAGAAAUGCUAGACGUGGCUCCGUUUAAUCUUUGCUUAAAAGCGUCUAGUAAUAGAAGGGUUGCGGAGUUGCAGUGAGCAGUAUUUCGCUGGUCUCUGCUCUAUGUAAAAUGAAUUAUGCUAUAGAUGUGAUUCAUAUCUUAAAAUACAUGAUUUGAUGCAUAUUUUACUACAGUACUAUGUUUUUUUUGUGACACCCGACUGAGGAAAAUUGCAUUACAGUAUCUGCUAAAAUGUCCGUCUGUUUGCAUGGCUUCGGUAUAUAUGCAAAGGCGCAGACGUCACGAGACUCUGUAUUCAGGUUUAUGUAUAAUGAUGGGAUAUAAUGUGACUCCGUUUACUACCUGUGACUGCAAAGACCUCAGGAUUACUGUACAUACCUUAUCUCACUCGGCAAAUGUGAACCCCUAUCAGUAAGGAAAAGUCACAAAAAUCAGAAUGCACAUUAACUAGGAUUCAGCACAAGCAACGAAACUGGAAGCUGAACGGUUUGGGUGCUACAGUAAAAUGGCUGUCUGACGGAGAAGGGUUGCAAAGGCACUACUAUGCAAAGCUACAACAGCUCUUCUAGAUAUCAUUUACAUCAGCGGUACAUGCAAUAUUUUAAGGUUUUCCUUUUCCUUGUCGGCUUGCAGGUCAGUUUUGUCGAGCACUUUGAGUGUUUCUGUGUCACACGGCAUCUUCCAGCUCAAAUGAAGUGCGCAUUUUCUUGAAGACAAUUGUAUUAGCAAUAUUUACAAUAAUGAAACUCUAGUUGGAUAGCUGUUAUUGUGAUUUCUGUAAAAUCUCAGGAGUGAAGUUACAGUCCGUCUUGCCAUUAAAAAAUAUUAAACGUACAAGUUAACAUUUCUGUAAUUCACAAAACACGCUCAACGGGCUCAGUAUCUUAGUCAUCUGAAACUGUAUUGAUUUUUUUUUUUUCACACGAGGUUAGCAAAUGAUAAGAUGGGGACACAUGGUUUCUUUGUACAAUUACAUGUGGAGUGUAUUACAAAUCGGAAAAUUGAAAGUCUUGAAAUAUUAUACUAACCUUUCCUCUUAAAUUCAGAAUUAGCAAAUAAUAGUAUUACGAUGCCACAAAAUGAACAGUUCUCACUCGAAGGGCCACUGACUUGUAUUUAAAAACUGUAAAUUCAUUCAAACACUGUUUGUUAUUGUAAAGUUUUGUAAUUUUCAUUUUGUGCUUUUAUUAAAGUUGUAUUUUACCAUAUUAAUUUUUGUUAUAAAUAAAAUUAUAUUGACAUUUUAUCAGACGAGUAAAGCUCUAACUAUCCUGGUAGAUAACAUUGAAUGUUAACCUGGAGGUAAGUUACACUUCAGCAGGUGGUCUGCAUGUGUUAGGACACAUAACUAAUAGAUUCAUGUACAAUAACAAUUUAUUGUAAAGAAUUACCUAAAUUAAAAGUAAACGGCAUUUGUGUGUGUGUUUGUGUAAUUUUCUUGAUUCUUGCAGUGCUUGUUUCAAAUGAUUAAAUGUUCCAGAUAAACUCA